UCUCUGUCACCGGGGGGCAGCACCAAGAAGUUCUAUGGAGGGCCUCAGCGAGGACCUGAGCUCAACAGCAGGUGCACGCUUCCCGGAGCCUCUGCACUACUCCGGUGUGCUCAUCUGCGGGACUGGACAGGAGUGGUGUGUUCCACCCAGUCUUUCAGUGGAAGAAACCGGACCCGGUGGGUCUGUGAGGCGCCUGGCAGCGAAGCAGGACCCUUCAGCCCUUGACAUGGCUAUCCAGCAUGCCCUGGCAGGGCUAUAUCCACCUUUUGAAGCCACUGCCCCUACUGUCCUGGGUCAAGUGUUCCGGCUACUGGAGUCUGACUUCCGGGGAGAUGGGCUGAACUUCCUCCUAGAUUUCCUCAUCCCUGCCAAGCGCCUGUGUGAGCAAGUGCGGGAAGCAGCCUGUGCCCUCUAUACCCACUGCCUCUUCCUGCAUGAGGGCUGGCCGCUGUGUCUUCGGGAUGAGGUCGUGGUCCACUUGGCACCACUCAACCCUCUCCUGCUGCGUCAGGGUGACUUCUACCUUCAAGUGGAGUCCCGGGAGGAGCAGUCUGUCCACAUGACACUCAAGUGUCUCUCCUCAGACCUCCGCAAGGUGGACAACAAGUCUAUUCCUGAGACCUCCUACUCUCUGAUUUUCACCCCAGAAUGGCUGGAAGCUAUUAACAGUGACUUUGAGGGACGCCCCUUAUACAACUGUCUUGUGGCUUCAGAAAACGGGAUCACGCCUGUGCCUUGGACCAGGAUUACCAGCCCAGAGUUUAUAGAUGACAGACCUCUAGUAGCAAAUGUGCCUUCCUCAGAUGGGGACUCCUGUCCACUAGAGACACUCCAUCUGAGCAGCCCCCAGGAGCCAUACCAGGCCAGCUCCUUGGGCAGCGAGGGGUCUGUGGCACACAGCUGGGCUAAGGAUAAAGGGAAGUUGUCUAGGGACAAGUAUCCAGGGCUCAUCAAGGUAGAGCCAGCAAAGCCAGGGCACACGGCCUUCAGGAUGGACAGUGAGGCCAACCAGGGCCUGGAGGGGGACUAUGUGGCUCUCCUGGGCUUCCCCCAACAGUGUAGAAGGGUGUCUCCAGACAGGGAGGUUGCAGCACUCAGUAUGGACACUCACAGAUCACAGGAGGAGAGAUCCAGAACUAAGAGGGCACCCCUGCUUGGGAGGGUUCUACCUUCCCCGGGGCCUGAUGACGGAGUUCCCAUGGGAAGACUGGCAAGUGUGAAGCCUGCAGGCUCAGGAGAGAAGGCCUGCAGCGGGGGCUCAAGAAGAAGGGCCAGACACAAAGCAUCUGCCCACACUGCCGAGAGACAGCUUCAGCAGUCCCACAGUGGUCUGCAGACGCCACUGGAUUGCACUUCUGGCCUGGUGAAAGAUACUGAAGAAGAUCCAGCAGUCUCUAAGAUGCACAGGCCUUUGGGAACGCCAACAGCCAUGGUCCAGCUCAGGCCUGAGCCAAGACAAACAUUCUCUCCCCUUCUGUCCUCAGCUGCCCCUGUAGCCCUAGCUUCCGAGACAAAGACAGAGGAGACCACCCCAGAACACAGCAGAGCUUCCAAGCCCCAGGCCUUUCUCAAUAGGAACACCUCCAUCUGUGGGUCCCUGGCUCCUGGCCUCCAGUUCUUGAAAGGUCAGAAGGCACCCCUGUUGCCCCCGGAGAAGGCCCUGAGCCCCCUCAACUCCCUGCAGCCCUGUGGAACCAAGGCCUCUGGGAAAGAUGGAACAGCUCUCCCCAGAACAUCUGGCUCAGCCCCAUUGUCUGGGGAGCCGCCUGGCUUCCGGAAAGAUUCUUCAGGUCCCUCAGGACGGGGACUUAGCCUGGAGGAGUGUUCCAGGCCUGAGCCAAGGAUUGGAACUCUGGGAGUCAAGCUUCUCCACUCCAGGAUAGCCUGCCUGCCAGGUGGUAGGGACCGGGCAGGGCGGCCUCUGCUUCUGAUGUCGACCAUGCAGGAGGCCUGGGAUGCACCAUGGUGUUCCACUUUGGAGGUCACGGAGUUGCUGUCCUACUUAUGCAGUGUUCCUAGGCUGGAUGAUAAAGCCAAAGGGCUACUGGUGGUGAUUGAUGCCAGGAAAGGGCCCCCGAGUCCUGCUCUGGUCAGCGCCCUGCAGAGCACACGGGCUCUGGCUCAGGCCUCCAUCAGUAAAGUGCUCCUCCUGGGAGAGAAGGCAUCCAUUCUCCAGCCACCUGCACUACCUGUCCAGGUGGAGGUGCUGACCUCGCUGAAGGCCCUCAGAAACCACGUGGACCCUAGCCAGCUACCCGAGGCUCUGGAGGGCCCCUUCCCCUACCACCACAGCGAGUGGGUGCAGUUCUUCCAGAAGCUGGGCCCAUUCCUCACUGACCUUCGCCAGGCCUCAUCCCUGCUGCAGGCUUCCAUUCAAGAGUUUGAGAAGGGUGACCCCCCUGGCGGGAUGCAGGAGGCCACCAGGUGCCUGGGCAAGUCCAAGGAUCUGAUGGAGGCUGUGCUGAGGGACCCAGGCCUGCUGGCUCUCCAGAGGGAAGGUGGAGCUACUCUGGCCAGGUUGCAGCAGGAGGCCAGCAAGCUGAAGGCCAACCCUGAUGUCAGGAGCCGCCUGACUGAAGCGGCAGCCCUGUACAACCUUGUGGACGACCAGCUUCACGUCCUGGUCACUGUGUCCAAUCACCUCCUCCGAAGGCUGGAGCUCCGUGUCCGCCUGGGCCACCUGGAAGCUGCCAUCCACCAGGUCAAUGACUGGAUGGAGCAGGAAGGAAGCCAGUGUCUACAGGCACUUGCCCCUGUCGACCUAUGUGCAGAGAAAGUUGAGAAAGUCCACGCUGAGUUUGAGGAUUUCUUCCUGCAGGUUGCGGCCCAGUACCGCCAGGGCCUGGAACUGUCCAAGCAGGCUGCCCAGUUGGGAGCUGCAGAGGAAGGGGCAGGUGAGAUGGGGCUCCCAGACCUGGUAGCCUUUGCUUCCACACAGCAGGCCUUCCAAGCCAGGCUGACACACUUCUACAUGGCAGCCGAGAGGCAGCGCACUGACCUGGAGACCCUGCUCCACCUCCACCGCUUCAGAAAGAAGAUGUCUCGGUUCCACACAGACUGUCAGGGCCUGCUGACCCAACUCAGGCAGGGCAAGACGUCGAAGACCAGCCCCGGGGACCAGCUCCACCUCCGCCUCCACUGUUACCUGAAGCGCCUGGCAUCUGAGUUCCAGACCGAGAAGCUCCUGGCCAUGAAGCUGCAGGUGGCCUCCCUGAGCUGGGCCGGCCUGGGCCAGGAGUUGUGGGAAGAGGCCCAGGAGCGACAUCAGGAGAUCCAGGGAUUGCUGAGGACGGCACUUGCCUACUGCCCAUGCCCAGAGGUCACUGCUGCCCAAUCGGCACACACAGACCGAAGCAGGCCAGCGGCUAAGGGCCAGGGUCUGCCUAGAGAAGUGGUUUCCAAAUGGGACAGGUCCCUACAGGGCUCUCUGACUGUGGAUCACGUGCCAAAAUCCCACCGGUCUCCUCAUGUCUUCCAAGGGGAGCAGAGCAGAGACAUGUGGGCAGGCCUGCCACCCCAGGAAGCUGGCCAGACUGUGGACACCGAGGAAGGCAGAGGUGCCCCCAAGCUCCCCGAGCCCACGCUGGAGCGGCUCCUCACCUCUCUCUUUUCCUGGCAUCACCUUCCCAGACAGAGCAAGGCCUCCCACCCAACUGGGGGCAGCUUUUCCUCUGAGGGAACAGAUUCACAGACAUCCCUGGAGGACUCACCCCACACAAGCCCUCCUGCGUCCCUCUAACUGGACCUAAAUCAUCACAUCAGCUCUGAGGACUGGGAUAGGACCAAUCGAGAGGAUCUGCUGAGCCCAUAGCACACUAUCAGACACGGCCAGGAAACAGUGUGACGAGGGCCACCUUCUGGUUCCAGAAAACUCCAAGAUGAUGAUGGAUUCUUGCCCACACGGAUAGUGCCCAUGGGAGUCAGAAUCCAGACUCAAUCAAAGACACUGGGCUGUGACUGCAGAGUGUCAUACGGCAAGCCUGGCUGGGGCCACCUUGGCAAAAGUCUUACCCCAUCUAUGACUCGGGGGUUCACAUGGGUAACAACGUAGAGGGAGGGGCCUCUUGUCUUGAGCCCCAGAGUCACAGCCCCUGAGACAACAACUUUUCAAU